AUGGUGGCCUCUAUCCUGGGCACGCUGCGGACCGGUGCCGUCUACGUGCCAAUGGAUGUACCCGCCUGGAGCCUGUCUCGUAUCGAGGCGACGCUUUCUGAAUUAUCAUCUCGCUAUGUCUUAAUCACGACGCGGAUCCCAGGACUGCCUGGCGACGCGAGUCCAAACAAGACCUACUCUCGUGGAUCACUUUUACAUCGGGGACCACGGGCAAGCCAAAAGGGAUUAUGGUGUACCACCGAGCCAUCCACGACCUUGUCACUGCCUUUGUUGGCUUUUUCCGUGGCUUUUGAUGCCUGUGCGGCCGUCGUUUGGAGCAAGCUGACCAAAGGUCGGACCGUCGUCACGGCCUCGCCCUUGACCUUCCCCGAUAUGGCCACGACAUGCCACGUGCUGGACAUGACGCCAUCGAUGCUGGCUACGCUCAUGCCAUCACAGGCUUACGACCGAGCCGUAUGCAUCUUCUUGGCGGCCGACGCGCCCAAUCUCGAGGUAGGUCGGGAGUGGGCGCGGCCCGGUCGAAAGACUUUCAACACCUACUGUCCGACUGAAAGUACAUGCAUCAUCAGCGUGGGCGAGAUUGAUCCUGAUAGGGAGCCGCCAUUUGGCCAGAUUGUGGCUGGUGCCAAGGUCGUGCUGGUGGACCGCCACCUCGAAGAAUGCAACGUGGGCGAGGUGCUCAUUGGCGGUCCCAACCUUCCGGAUAUUUCCACAACGAACAACUGA